CGGGUACAUGAUGUGGCACUGCCACAGGGGCGUAUUGAAGGGAUAACAAGUGGUAAUAUACCGUAUUUGCAAUACGGAGCUGAGUCAGCCACAAUCGGGAAGCCGCUGCCUCAAGCCCAAAGGUCUCCAAGUCGGCAAGGCGUCGAAAGGCUUCAACUCGACCGCUAUCUUUGGACACAAGAUCGGACGAUUGACUGGCAGGUGGUGUUAUCAUACUCUCACCUCACAGUCGUCCCGCAUCGACAUUGCUCCGUCAUCAUAUCUGACUCGAAUUUGGCGAGUUUGAUCUUAUCUUUGAUGUUCGUGAGAGUUACAAUGAAAAGCUGGUAGAGGCCGUGCUUUCUCGGCGACCCUGCGCAACUUGAUUUACGAAACACCAUGGAUUUCGCAACACAUCCACCUAAUGGCCCCGCGGGGAUGUCGUCGUUCCCCGACCUGAUGAACGACCCGGCUUUCGAUGACCGAGAAGCAGGGAUGGAGGAUAUGGACACAUGUCGAAUCUGCCACGGAGAAGCCACAGAAGAAGAGCCGCUGUUUUACCCCUGCAAAUGUAGCGGUAGUAUCAAGUUCGUCCACCAGAGUUGUUUGGUGGAGUGGCUGUCACAUUCGCAAAAGAAACAUUGCGAGCUUUGCAAAACACCCUUCCGGUUUACGAAACUAUACGAUCCGAAUAUGCCUCAAAGUCUCCCGACACCUUUAUUCCUCCAACAGGCUCUGAUCCAAACCCUUCGAACCCUAGUAACAUGGCUGCGUUUUGUUCUUGUGGCCUUUGUAUGGCUGGGUUGGCUGCCGUGGUCGAUGCGAGCAAUUUGGAGGGCGCUUUUUUGGCUCGCUGACGGCCGCUGGUCGGCCGGUGGGACUGUUCAGCAACGAGGCGCGCCAUCUGUUCAGAAUGGGGUUGAGCAAUGGGCUGCCAACGGCACGGCAGCUGCCACUACCGUGCUCAGCUCGUUGACCUCGGGCGCUUCGAGUGCCGCUUCAUCCUCCGCCACCGCUGCCCCGUCGGCACAAGCCGCUACUAUCAACUUUCCACCGGGUGAUCCUCUCAUGCUUACCUUUAUCAAGAAAAUCAUCCCGAGUCUGUUUAUGCCUGGGUGGACAUCUGCUGGCAGCGAAAGUGGCUCUCACGUAAAUGGUCCCUCUGGCUCGCCUAAGCCGCGGUAUCCGUCAUGGCUCUCGGAUGUCAAGUUUCUUAAUACCUUGACGCCUUAUCCGACAAUCAACAAUAUGAUAAUUGACACCCUGGAAGGUCAACUCAUCACUCUACUCGUGGUUGUUGCAUUCAUUCUUCUGUUCCUGAUUCGAGAAUGGGUCGUUCAACAACAGCCCAUGGCCAAUAUUGCUGAAGGAGAACGCGAAGCAGCAUUGCAGCUGAUCGCCAACAAUCGCCCUAACGAUGAGAUUCAAGGAUUACGCCCAGAUCCUGCGCCGCUUCAUCAUCAUGAUGAUAUUGAACCAGAACAACAUGCACUCGCAGAAGAGGACGACGAUGUACCUGAUCGAUCUGCCAACCAUUCACCUGCGCCUUCCUGGACCGACUCUGACGAUGGAUUACCCGUGUUUGACAGACAAACCGGCUUUCAGGAACAUGAGAUUCCAAGACAUCAGUUCCACAACGAUCCUCAUACGGGAUUUGGCCGCCCAGAGCAUCAAAUCCCGGUCCCGAACACGCCACAGUAUUCAGAUGUGUCACUGUUCCAAGAUAUUCUCGCCCGAGCAAACGGAGAUCGCGAUGAGAUCCUCCGAAUAAUUCGAGAAGAAGGUCAUGAAGUGGAGCUAAAUUGGAUUGUCGAGGCACUCACCAGGGGUCCCCUCGAACAAUCACAUGCUGGGCCAGCCACACACGCAACAGGGCUUUUUCAGACGCAACCCGCAAUCGCUGACGAGGCGUUGGCUACAGAAAAUGGAAAUGCUGAAGCACAAUCACAGUCUGAUCAGCUACCCACCGGACAAGAGAUUCAAAUAGAGCAACCUGAGGAAGCAGGUGAUGACGGGAAUUCUAUAAAUGUUCCAGCUGAACACCAACCUCCGAAGAACCUGGGUGAUCACCUUAUCAAUUGGUUCUGGGGAGACAUUGCACCGGAACAUCACGAUGAUGAUGACCUACCACUGGAGGACGAUGAGCAAAUAAUGCAGGACCCUGCUUUGGAAGAUCCUUUUGUCCCUGUUCUAAAUCGACCGGAGGGACCUCCUGCCGAGGGAGCGGCAAUGGUUGGAGCCCCAGCUGAUGGCGCGCUAGAUGGCAAUGACGUGGAUGCAAUCGAAGGCGAUGACUUUGAAGGAAUAAUGGAUCUCAUCGGCAUGCAAGGUCCUAUCUUCGGACUUUUGCAGAACGGCGUUUUCUGUGCCCUCCUGAUUGCCUUCACGGUCGCUAUCGGUAUCUGGCUUCCCUACUUGUGGGGCAAGAUCGCUCUCGUCCUGCUCGCCAACCCCCUGGAGCUUAUCGUUGGUGUCCCUAUGACUGCAGUCACCGUGGUUGCAGAUAUUGUGCUUGAUACUCUCAUUGGAGUUGUAGGAUAUGCUAUGUACUGGCUGAGCUUUAUCUUCAAGGUACUUCUCAGCCCAUUCGGUGCUCUCGUCCCUGCCCUCGAGUGGAUGCCCCGAAACAAGUCCAUCACUAGCACGUCGUUGUCUCUGAUCGACAAGAGUACCGUCCGUUUGAACAAGGUUGUUAAAGCGUUCUUGGUAUUCCAUGAGUCUGACAUACCGAUGUUCUCCGUGCUCUCCCACCAAGCUCUCAAGCUGCACCAGGCACGAGCCAUGACCCUCUUUCGAUCUGUUUUUGCCGUUAUGAAAUUCAUUCUUCACGAUUUCCCUCUUCGCCUGAUGACCCUAGGGGUUCCAGGUGCAUUGUCCUUCGAUAUCGACUUCUCCCAGCUGAAGAAUACUACAAUUCAAGUACAGCAGUACGUUGGUAACUUUACAAAGUUAUCGAUAUUUGCCAGCCCGGGGACGAAGAUCAUGAAUGCAAGUGCUGCGCGAGCAGCUUCCUCCGUUGUGCCGGUUGACUACGAUCUGGCUGUAUGGGAUACGAAAGAUCGCGUCAUUGCCAUUGCAAUGGGAUAUCUCCUGGCAACUAUGAUGGGCUUCCUGUACCUGCGAAUUACUGGACUACUUGCUGGAGCCAACCGUGGCCAGCGGAUCGAAGGCAUCGUCGCAGAGGUGCUUCUACAAGCGGGGGGAGUUAUGAAGGUUAUCCUCAUCAUCGGCAUUGAGAUGAUCAUCUUCCCGCUCUAUUGUGGUACACUAUUGGACGUUGCCUUGCUACCUUUGUUUUCUAAUGCGACCAUCUCCUCGCGGAUCGCUUUCACAAUUGGCUCUCCACUGACAUCUCUCUUCGUUCACUGGUUCAUUGGCACUUGUUAUAUGUUCCACUUUGCCUUGUUUGUUUCCAUGUGCCGGAAGAUUUUAAGGACCGGUGUUCUCUAUUUCAUUCGUGAUCCGGAUGACCCGACUUUCCAUCCCAUCCGUGAUGUCCUUGAGCGAAGUAUUACCACACAGCUUCGGAAAAUUGGAUUCAGCGCUCUAGUCUAUGGGGCUUUGGUGAUUGUCUGCCUAGGUGGCGUCGUGUGGGGUCUUUUCUAUGCAUUCAAUGGCAUUUUCCCAAUCCAUUGGUCCGCCGGUGCCCCGAUGCUCGAGUUCCCGGUAGACCUCUUGUUCUACAAUUUCGUCAUGCCGUUGGCAAUUCAAUCCGUCAAACCCUCAGAUGGAUUACACGACCUGUACAACUGGUGGUUCCACAAGUGCGCUCACUUCCUUCGUCUGAGCAACUUUUUCUUCACGGAGAGACACCCUGAAGAAGAAGGGCGCCAUGUCCGGCGAUCCUGGUGGGGUCUACUUUCAGGAAGCAAGGGUGAUUGGAAACACCCGGUCAUUGGCGACGAAGACCAGGCUGCCGCAGAAAAAGAAAACUGGGACGUUUAUUUCCUACGGGAUGGCCGGUAUGUUCGUGCGCCUGCUUCCGACCAAGUCCGGAUCCCCAAGGGCACGCAGGUAUUCUUGGACGUGACUGAGGACAAUGAUCGUGUUGAUGGAUUAACCGAUCUGGACGAUGGCCUUCAUGGCCGUGCCAACCCUGCAUUCACCAAAGUCUACAUCCCACCGUACUUCCGGACUCGCAUUGCUGCCUUCAUCAUCUUCAUCUGGAUGUUUGCCGCCACCACCGGCGUAGGCAUCACCGUUGUACCGCUAGUCAUUGGACGCAAGAUUACCUCGGUGUGCUUCUCCAGCCCAGUCCCCGUCAACGAUAUCUACGCCUUUUCCUGUGGCCUUUCCGUGGUCGGUGCUCUAGCCUACACCGCGUACUAUUGCCAAGCGGCCCUUCGAUUUCUGCGCGAGAACUGGGGGACGUAUCUGCAGUCCCCACGAGAGCUGGGUUUCCUUAUCGGCAAUCUCGUGCUGGAUGCGUUCCGACUUGUGUACAUAGCGAUUGCUCUGGUGGUUGUGCUCCCUUCACUCUUCGCGCUGUUGACCGAGUUGUACAUCCUCAUUCCAGCUCAUACCUUUAUCGGGGACGGAACGGACCACGUGGUACACGUCGUUCAGGACUGGACGCUGGGGGUUCUGUAUGUGCAAAUGGCGAUCAAGCUUACCCUGUGGCACCCUCACUCUUGGCCUGCGGCCGUGCUCAAUGGCAUCUUCCGGGAUGGCUGGUUCAAGCCCAAUGUUCAACUGGCAACGCGCGCGCUGAUUCUGCCGCUGGCGCUUUUCACCGCCGCAGCUGUGGCCGCCCCACUGUCAUUGGGUGGUGUUCUGCGAUGGACCCUCUUCUAUACGCGUGCCGAGGCGCAGCCAGACAUCUAUCGCUAUGCCUACCCAGCAACGAUGCUGGUCGUCCUGGUCGCAUGGCUAGUCCACCAGGCUCUGCGGCGGGUGGCGAUUUGGCGCAUCAACAUCCGCGAUGAUGUCUAUCUGAUCGGCGAGCGGUUGCAUAACUUUAGCGAGAAGCGGGCGCGGGACGUAGGUGUCUCACGGCGGGUGAUUACGGGCUAGUUUUUCUUCAGGACUGAGUGAUUUGUUAUGGACGGACGGGGUAUAUGAAGUUUCCGAGGAGAGGCCCCGGGUCAUUUUACUUCAGACUAGCUAACCCUUAGUUGCAGUGGGACGGGGUUCGACGAUGUUUAGAGUCUCGCUUGCCCCUCCCCUUUUCCUGUACAUUUAGAGUGCAUGCAUAUAUGAACAGUCUUGCAUGGAUCCCAUUUCCACCUGAGAUGGCUAGGUCAUACUUUUUUCCAUUGUCAAGAAUACACUGCUAAUACAAUUCGAUACAAUUCAAUACCUCUCCUAUUCCUCACAAAUCCCGGAUCUUGUCUUAGUUAACUAAACGCUGCUGCCUGAGGAUGGUGUUC